GUUUGCUAGCUAACUGCAUGCCCUUGAACACUAUUUUCCCCAAAUGACUUGUGAGUUGUUCUUAGCCCCCACAUCUCACAUGGCUUUGUUUUCUCUCAAACCAAUUCACUCAUUCCCACUAUGCCCAUAUAAAUACCUCUCCACCCCUCCAAUCUCCACACCAGAACAUCACACGCUUCUCUCAUCUCUCUCUCUCUCUCUCUCAACCAAGUAAAACUAUAUUCAAAGCUAGCAAGCAAGCAAACACAAGUUUACAAAGCACAUCACCCAAAACACAGAGAACAUGGCAAUCAGCAAGAAGUCAAACAAGCUUCCUCAAACAGCAGCUCUCAAGCAGAUUCUGAAAAGAUGCUCAAGUUUUGGGAAGAAAAAUGAUUACAACAAUGAAGGUGGUCUUCCUGAAGAUGUGCCAAAGGGGCAUUUUGCUGUGUAUGUAGGUGAAAACAGAAGCAGAUACAUUAUCCCAAUUUCAUGGCUGGGCCAUCCAGAGUUUCAAACUCUGCUCCAAAGGGCAGAGGAGGAGUUUGGGUUUAACCAUGACAUGGGCUUGACUAUUCCUUGCGAAGAAGUCGUUUUUCGCUCUCUGAUGCAUCAAAUAUAUUAAUUUCAUUGAUUGAUCAUGAAGAAAGGAGGGCUUGUUGUUUUUGGUGUCUGAAACAAAUAUUUGCAAGAGAGAUGAAGCUAAUUUGCUUGGCUGGCUACCUGCUUCAUUCAUUCUUAGACGUCCUUGAUUAAUUUGUAUUAUAAUUGGCGGCUCUGACCGUGAUUUAUUAACUUUUUUUUUUAGUGAUUAUUGUUUAUUGAUACUUAUGAUCAUGUAAGCAGUUUUUCUUCAGUGGUGGUUACA